UCUGUUUUUUGAAGUAGUUAAGCUCCACAAUGAUUCUUUCAACCAAAACCGUAAGGUUUGUGUUUUGGGGAAUUGAUCUAAUGGUUUUUGUAAUACCAGUUGUUGUGGGUCUGAAUGAGAACGAAACACUCGUGGACGAUUUCGACAGUGGAACUGCAAAUUAUUGGCAAAUUCCAAAAGACAAUUCGUUUACUUAUUGGAAUUUGGCGAUGCACGGUGAUUCUCCUCCAUUUGGAUUCGACUCGCUGCGACCACCGAUGGAAGAAAAUGGCGGUGGUUAUCUCGAGGUUGUGCCAAUCUCUGAUUCACCAGCACAGAUCUAUUCCAACGAGUUCGAGCUAUUGCCCGGCGCCUUUGUUGCGUUGACCUACUGGAACGUAGUUGCCUCCGCUAUCCUCCAAAGGAACACUGUUCUUAAUCUUUACACUGUUGAAAAUGUAUUUAAGAUAGUACAGGUUUUCAACGCACCACCACCAGCUGAUCCAUCAUCCGGCUGGAUUACUGUUCCAAUUGACCUUAGGAUUAACACACCGUCUAGACUGCAGCUCCGUCUCGAUGGCAACAGGGCGAACCUGAAUAGUACUGGAUUAGCUGUUAGCAAAAUCAUCAUCAAGAAUGGGAUGAAUGUGAGCACUUCGUAUACCGUUUCAACAACAACUCUCUUGAGCACUAGCAGCGAACCUACGAGCUCCAGCUCCUUGUCUGUUUCUAUUACUUCAUCAAGUACACAGCCUGCUACUACCGCUAUUAGUUCAAGCUUGUCCAGUACCUCCACAUCUUCCCCGAGCCCUGCCACUUCCCCGAGCCCUGCCACUUCCCCGAGCCCUGCCACUUCCCCGAGCCCUGCCACUUCCCCGAGCCCUGCCACUUCCCCGAGCCCUGCCACUUCCCCGAGCCCUGCCACUUCCACGAGCCCUGCCACUUCCACGAGCCCUGCCACUUCCACGAGCCCUGCCACUUCCACGAGCCCUGCCACUUCCCCGAGCCCUGCCACUUCCACGAGCCCUGCCACUUCCACGAGCCCUGCCACUUCCACGAGCCCUGCCACUUCCACGAGCCCUGCCACUUCCACGAGCCCUGCCACUUCCACGAGCCCUGCCACUUCCACGAGCCCUGCCACUUCCACGAGCCCUGCCACUUCCACGAGCCCUGCCACUUCCACGAGCCCUGCCACUUCCACGAGCCCUGCCACUUCCACGAGCCCUGCCACUUCCACGAGCCCUGCCACUUCCACGAGCCCUGCCACUUCCACGAGCCCUGCCACUUCCACGAGCCCUGCCACUUCCACGAGCCCUGCCACUUCCACGAGCCCUGCCACUUCCACGAGCCCUGCCACUUCCACGAGCCCUGCCACUUCCACGAGCCCUGCCACUUCCACGAGCCCUGCCACUUCCACGAGCCCUGCCACUUCCACGAGCCCUGCCACUUCCACGAGCCCUGCCACUUCCACGAGCCCUGCCACUUCCACAUAUCCGACAACGUCCACGGACUCCGAGAGCUCUAUCGCAUCAGACAGUUCCAGCGAUUUUACCAGCACCACUAUACUAUCAAUUUCUAGCGACUCAGAUAGCACAACUAUAUCUUCGUCAACAACUACCGAGUCUACGGACAUGUCCAAAGAAUUACGCGGAGGAGUCAUUGGCGUUAGUGUUUCUAUAAUUCUUCUUGCAUUAAUAUCUGUUCUUCUCGUUUACUGUUAUCGACAGCAUCGCCGUCGGGCCUAUCUGGUCGAAAGCAAACGUCUCGAAGCUGGAACUAUUCGACGCCUGGAAGACUUAGACGAAAAUAAUGAAAUUCCUUAUAAGAUUCUUUCGUAAACCUUAGUCACCAUAACUGCCUUCACCAUGUCUACAGAUUUUGUCUGAAGCUUAUGGAAAGCUUCAUCAUUAAUCAAAAUAGCAAAUUCGAGAAAUGUAUAGCCCUCGCUUAAGGCUAGUUUCGUAAAUUAAAAAAAAUACA